AUGGAGGGGAUACACCAUGGCCACGGGGAUGAACGGUCGAAUCAUCCCAUGGCCUUUCCCGGCUUCGACCCGGACGCCCAUAUGAUGUCCGAUGACUUCUCUCUUGACUCACCUUUUAGUCCCGACUCCUCCAACAAAGAUGUUCUCGGCAGUCCCAUAUUUCCCGAGUGGACGCACGGGGCACCCCGUGGCGAUAGCCCAGACGAAAUGCAAAGGAAAGAUCCUUUGGCUGCUCAGAUUUGGAAACUCUAUACUCGGACGAAAUCCCAACUGCCAAACGCAGAGCGCAUGGAGAACUUGACGUGGAGAAUGAUGGCGAUGAAUUUGAAGCGCAAGGAACGGGAACAGCAAGAACAGCAGGCGCGGUAUGUAUCUUGUGUUGCAGCGGAGACGCUAAGCCCGACCUCGAACAUUGCACACAUGCAUUUGUCUGACAAUGUAUCACCCGCUGAAUCCCAAUCCCAUCCCAUGCAAAUGGAGGAGACGCCAGACCCUAUGAACUUGGAUGACUUCAUCAUUCCCUUCGACUCGCCUGCCGAUCACCCUCAUCCACCUACCGAUCACCACUUCACAGCAACCACGGCGGGAUCAAUUCCCAUAAAAUCGCGCAAGGAUCAUGCGAUGAUGGACCAGUCCGUUGCUGCUUCAUUCCCCCACCCUCCUCAUGAUCCAAACUCCGAGUUUGGAUAUGUUCCCCGAAGGGUCCGCAAGACCAGCGUUGAUGAGCGACAAUUCUUCGCUAGUUUAGGCGCGGCAACCCGCAAGCGACCAGCCGAGGCCUCGCCCCAAGUUCCCCCAGUGUCCAACGCUAUGAUCUCGCAGCACUCAGGGCUCUCCACUGUACUGCCAGAUUACUCGCUCGACCAUCCUCCCUCUACAUUCGCUCUCACAGGCAACGGCACGGUAGGCCCCCGCAGGCCCCAGCACUCACACACUCAUUCGGGAGUGCCGUAUGGGCUGGAUACCUUCGGCAUUGGCGAAGACCACGGAAUUCACUCAGCCGGCCCUUAUCAGCAGAAUUUCCAUUUCUCGCCUUCGGAUUCUCCGAUGACAGCGGGAAACCCGUUCUCCAGCCUGUAUUCUCAGACACCACUUGCAUCGUCUCUCAACUCGAACGAGUUCUUCUCCCCGCCGCCUUCUGGGUACCAGUCGACUGUGUCAACACCACAGCCGAUCUAUGAAGGCGAGCAGUCGAUGUUCUUCAAUGAUACGCCCUCUGAGUCACUUUCUCAGCGUCGCAUCCCGAAUUACAUCCAACAGCGUCAAUCUAACCUGUCUGCUUCCCUACACAACCGCUACAUGUACAAUGUCUCCAACGGCGAGUCGCAGCCAGGAAACUCAGCGGCAGCUACGUCUACAUCUCACGUUUCUGGAUUUUCCGUUCCGCAACACCAGCAUGUCAACCCGUCACAGGUUCUUGGCUCUGGCGAGUUCUCUACGACAGCACCGGCUAGCAGCAUGUUCACUUUUGGCGGAGACUCGGACAACGAGGACGAUGAUGGCGCUUUUGAACGCGGCGGUAUCGCGAUGCCGAAUGACUUUACUUCGCUCGAUGAUGCUGGCGACUUGGGCCCUCCUCUGCACUGGGAUGGUGGCUAUUCUGGGUCAGUGCAGUCGCUUCCAGGCUUUGGUGCUCACCCUAGGAAACAUGUUACGAUCGGAUCUACAGAUAUGAUUGAUGGACCGUCCGAUUGGAACCACACAGGCUCUCUCGGUCGUACGCAUGGGUCCGCCGCUUCGGUCAGCGAAGUGCGCAACCGUGAGCAGGACCCACGUCGUUACGGAAAAGUACCGCGUACAGCCUCGACUCCGAAUGCCGCUGCGCUGCUUCGCCAGAAUCUCAACGGCUCUGCCAGCGUACCCCCAACCACCCACCCAUCACCCAGUACACCUCCUGAGUCUGGUCUUAGCAGUGCUGUACCGUCGCGUCCUGGCAGCCCAGGUGGUUCGAAGAACGGCGACCCGAAUGCAGGCCCAACCACCUGCACCAACUGUUUCACUCAGACCACGCCUCUGUGGAGACGCAACCCCGAGGGCCAACCCCUGUGCAACGCAUGUGGCUUAUUCCUGAAACUCCACGGUGUCGUUCGACCACUGUCCCUGAAAACCGAUGUCAUCAAAAAGCGAAACCGCAGCAGUGCAAACACUCUUGCCGUCGGCGCUUCUCGAUCAUCCAAAAAGACUUCCCGCAAAAACUCCAUUCAUCACGUUUCAUCCAGCUCUAUAGGCUCGCGCAUCAAUACCUCAGAGUCACCCCCCUCAAUCACUGCCUCUAGUGCAACUGGGAAGCCUGGCGUUGUGCCGAUUGCUGCUGCUCCACCCAAAUCUGGUCCACCUGCUGGCGUGGCCCAGGCCCGUGCCGGAGUACAAGUGGCGCCUAGGCGGCAGCGCCGACUCGAAAAGGCCCCCACAGGCUCGGAGCCUGACGCCGAAGAGAGCCCCAAGUCAAACGCUCCCGCCAGUCGGUCCAAGGUUGUACCUUUGGCACCAGCAAUGGCACCACCCGCAGCCGCCAACCCGGCCAACCACAGUAUUGCCGGUGGACAAGGCGCGAGCCAAGAGUGGGAGUGGUUGACGAUGAGUUUCUCGGAGCCGGCCAGAAGUGCGCAUCUCUCUCGUCCUUUUUUUGUCUUUUGUCGACUUUAUAUGAACUUUUGCGCUGCUGAGCAGGCUUUGGCCAGUGGGCUUUUUUUAUGCGUGAUUACUAUUAGAUCUGGACUUCAAUAUGAUUAUGAUUUUUACCUCUGCAUAGUGUGA